AUGAAAAAUAAGAUAUUCUUAUGGCUGACUCUAUUUUGCUGCGACAAGGUUGAGAACAAAGAAGAAGAAAAACCAUCCCGUCGAAGGUCUUCAAGAAGAGAAAAAGAAGUAAACUCUGCAAACUCAUUGAAAGAUAGGACUUAUUUAUGUAUUAUCAUAAUUAUAAUAUCUAGCGCCCACGCUCCAAAGUAAGUCUUAAGCCAACUAGUGAUACCAUGAGCCAUUAUUCAUUUAAAAUGGUGGAUUUAUUUGGUAGAUAUUCGUUCGUUCACCUCAGUCCCUAUCGCUCGUCUCGCUUGGCCCUUUUUCUGUUACGUAAACUCCUGUGCACAUUUCACCUAAAGGUCAUCUUUGUUAGUCUUACUGAGAAUUGAAACCCUAAACCUUCUAAAUAUCUAAGGAGCAAUUUUCAGUGGAUUCCUCACCAUUGCUUGCCUGAAUAGUAUUUUCUAUGAAAACUGAAUCUCAUAAAUAAAAUCGUCCUAUUAUAUUUAAUUUUGUCACCAAAUUUCACAUAAAUUGCAGUUUUAUUAAUAUCCAUCAAAAGAUAUAACAGAGUUUGAGUCACACAAUUCAACGAAUUUAUUUAUUAGUAGCCAAAAGGACGAUGAAAUUAGCAUUGAGCCUAUUGAUGAAAAAAAGAACACUGUAAAUAAUUUAAGUCUUCUAGAAGAUGCAGAAACAUUUUCUCUUCGUAGAACUCCAACAUUCGGAAACCCAACUUUUUCAGAUCUUUGCAUGAAAUAUAUUACUAAAGAGGAGAGCACUGGAGGAACCACAAACCAUGCCAACGAUAAAAAAGUUAAAAAAAGGAAAGGAAGCGUCAGAAAAAGUAGCAAAAAAUCAAAAAAAAGUGAGAAAUUAAAUAAUUAA